AUGUUGCGCAGAUUAACUACGCGCUUACCCCUCCGUCCGCUGCAGACUCCGGCUCUUCGCUCUCGUUCUCAGUUCCUCGCAACCUCAUCAUACUGCACAUACUCCGAGAUGCCUGACCCAAGUGAUCGCAAGGCGGUCACCCGCUACCUUGAGCAGACCCAUGAUAAAAUCUUCGAGAGCAAUCGUGCUUGGGUUGCUUCGAAGAAGGGCGCUGACCCAGAGUUCUUCAACAAGCUUGCUGCUGGACAGUCUCCUGAGUACCUCUACAUCGGUUGCUCUGACAGCCGUGUCCCCGCGAACGAGAUCAUGGGUCUCGAUGCUGGAGAGGUCUUUGUCCACCGCAACAUCGCGAACGUUGUUCCUACCAUCGAUUUGAGCUCCAUGUCCGUCAUCAACUACGCCGUCGGCCACCUCAAGGUCAAGCAUAUCGUCGUCUGCGGCCACUACAACUGCGGCGGCGUCCAGGCAGCCCUUACUCCUACAGACCUGGGCAUACUCAACCCGUGGCUGCGAAAUAUUCGCGACGUCUACCGGCUACACGAGAAGGAGCUCGAUGCGAUCGAGGACGACGGAGAGCGAUUCAACCGCCUGGUUGAGUUGAACGUUAUCGAGUCGUGCCGCAGCGUCAUCAAGACUGCCGUGGUGCAGCAAAGCUACGAGGAGAACGGGUUUCCCAUUGUCCACGGUUGGGUGUUCAACCUGAAGGAUGGUCUGCUUAAGGAUCUUAAUAUUGACUUUCCUGGGAUAUUGGCGGACAUCCAAAAGAUCUACAACCUCACCAAGGGUUCUUCAUAGAUUAUGUUAAGAGUGCAAGUGGUGUUCUGGUCACGGAGUAGAGGGCGGAUUACUGGGUUCAACGCGCAGAGCGCUUGUUAUUUUGCACAGUCAAAUUAGCAGUCUAUAAUUCAUCGCUGAUUUCCAAC